GGCACUUCAUGAUACCCUCAACAGGAAUAAAACAGCAUACAACCAGGUUAUUGAGCGGUACAUUUCCCUGGCACACGGACUUCCUCCUCCACUAGAUGAAUGUCCCUACCUGUCCCCACACAACAGCAAAAACAAACCAAGUUCAUCUCCCUUAUACCCCCAGAAGAACCUUUCCAGGACAGGUGCAACCAUAAAAACCAGCACUGUCUCCCCAGCCAUCUCAUUAAGGCAAGAUUCAUCUUAUGUUGAGGAUGACCUUGUUAGAGAGGUGGAGGAAUCACUGCAGAGGAGGAAACAACAGCUUGGGUUAAGUGAUGACUUUAUAUGUGAGGAGAUAGAUGAUGAGGUUGAUGAGGAUGACCCCACUUGGGAUGGCUCUCAUUACCAUGCCAGGGUGAAAUUACCCAGCAGAUUGCAUAAAAAAAGAAAACUUUCUGAUAAUCUUAUUACAAACACAGUGGGGUCAUCUGAUGAAAACAAGUCUCGAAAGGAAGCAAAAGCACCUGUGGAUGAAGUAAGCCUUUCCCAAAACAAAACUGCUGAUUUGAGGCAGCUUUCUGUGCAGGACAGGCUUUCAGAUGUGAGCAACUUACCAAGAAGAAGAGGUAGACCUCCCAAAAGAAAGUCAGUCCUGGAGGUGAAUGAUGAGGGUAAUAUAUCAAAGAAAAGAUGUAGAUUGCCCAAACAAAAGUCAGUGCAGAAGGUGAGCGAUGAGGGUGAUAUAUCAAGGAAGAGAGGUAGACAGCCCAAAGCAAAAGUGGCGGCAGAGAGUCAAAAAAAUCCGAAGCAGAACAACCCAAGGAACGAACCCAAACGGAGAGGCAGGCCACUCAAGAAGAAUACAACAUUGAGUGUGAACCCCACCCAGGACAAGAUUUCAAACAAAAGGUCACCUGAUGAAAACAAUGAGCCCAAACGGAGAGGGAGGCCAUCCAAGAAGAAUAUAACAUUGAGAGUGAACCCCACCCAGGACAUAACUUCAAACAAAAGGUCACCUGAUGAAAACAAUGAGCCCAAACGGAGAGGGAGGCCACUCAAGAAGAAUACAACAUUGAGUCUGAACCCCACCCAGGACAAGAUUUCAAACAAAAGGUCACCUGAUGAAAACAAUGAACCCAAACGGAGAGGCAGGCCACUCAAGAAGAAUACAACAUUGAGUGUGAACCCCACCGAGGACAAAACUUCAAACACAAGGUCACCAGAUGAAAACAAAGAACCCAAACGGAGAGGCAGGCCACUCAAGAAAAAUACUACAUUGAGUGUGAACCCCACCAAGGACAAAACUUCAAACACAAGGUCACCAGAUGAAAACAAAGAACCCAAACGGAGAGGCAGGCCACUCAAGAAGAAUACAACAUUGAGUGUGAACCCCACCAAGGACAAAACUUCAAACACAAGGUCAGGUGAUGAAAACAAUGUGCCACAAAAGAGAGGCAGACCAUUGAAACAGAAAGCAACAGGGAUUCUUAAGAUCCACACUCAAGACUGUAGUGUAGUGCUGAGAAGGCUUGGUGGGGGCAGGGAGGCCAUCCAGUCUAUAAAUAAAACAAAUGAAACCAGGAUAGUGUGCAGUAUUAGAGGUGCAGAAGAGGAGGAGCAAAGACCUGAAGACAGCAGUGAUGGUAUUGUGAAGCUGGUGCAGGAGGCAGUGGGAGGGACUGCUGGUAUUCUGCAUAGGGUUGAAUAUGGGAAGUAUAUAAUCUGCCUCCUUGACACCAUGGACACGAUGCUUAUCAUGGUAAAUCAAAACUCGCCCAGGGAAACUAGUUCUGGCAAGGAAACAGAAGCAACUACAGGAAAGACUUCCAAAAAAGAGAAGAAAAAAGCCCAAGGAAGAGAACAGAGAACAAGAACUCAUACUGGCAGCAACAUGGAAGCAAACACACAAGUAGAACAAACUGUCAACAAAAUUACUAACAUAGAGAGAAGAAAAAAGGUUGAUCAAACAGCUAAAAAAACUAACAACAAAGAAAAACAGAAAAAAAACAUAGAAAAACAGCAGACAGUGGAUAAGAAAGCAAGGAGUAGCACAAGAACUGAAUCCUCACUCCAUCAUAAGGCGAUGCAACAGUCUGAGUCAACUGUUGAACAUCCUACAGUGAAAAAGAUGGGACAGAAUAACAGCCGAAAAAGGGAGCACAGCUCAAACGCAGUCAAGUCACCGAAGAGACAAAGGAAUGAGUCAAGCGUGCCCGCCAAGGCUUCUGUUGCAACACACCUGGCCAUAGAUGCCAUGUUGUCACCUGGGCAGAAUAGCGGCAUUGUUCCCAGCAGUGAAGGCAAUGUGCUGAAGAGAUUACAUGUUGAUCCAGAUGCAGGAACAGAUAAAGUUACAGGUCAGUUUAUGCGGCAUGAACCUCCAAACACCGGUGAAUCACCAAGUAAGCCAAAAAAAGCACGUGACCUAGAAGUCUCUGACAGAAGUCUUUCUUCCGAUGGGUCAGAGUCAGAGUCACAGGAUGAAGACGGAUCGCUUACUGAUAGUGAUGAAGAUGACAUGAUUUCAGAAUUUAGUGCAACCCAGAAAAAGAAGAGCUCCCUCCAUCGGACACGAGAAAGGCUGAAAAGAAGGAAUUACAGACCAAAGCACAGAGAGUCAGUGAGCAAAGUUAUAUUCGAUAGUGACGAUGACAUCCUUAUUAUGGAACCGCUCAAGCCUGUGCCCAUGUCAGAAGACAAGAAAGACAACACAAAUUCUGUAAAACAUGGAUCACCAUAUGUUUCCCUGAAUACCCAAAGAACCAUUAGGAGAACUGCAGGUGGACACCAGCGAAGCCUGACCACUAGCAGUUCCUACAUCCAAGGCCUCAUCAAUAACUCCAUCAUGAAGAAUGUUCCAGAGAUAAUGACUUCGGCUUCAACCAGGGUACCAGUGGACGGUCAAACGGAGGAGGAACCUGACCCUGAGGACAUGUGGGAUCUCCUGCCAGCCCUCCCCCAGCGGUCCUCCAGCUCCCUUGCCGCAAAGGCUGCCAAGACCAGCCUGCAAGAAUCUGGCAUAACGGAGACUGCAGCCACUGCUCCAGAGAGGCCAACAACUGUCACCAGCACCAACAUUAGUGGUGCAGUCAUCACAUCAAAGGCCUCCAAGGUAAUGAGGAGCUUUUGGAUAGAAAGUGAAGAAGAGGAAGAGGAUAAAGACACAGAAGACACAGAGUCACUCUUCAUGCCCACACUCCCCGUGGCCUCACAGCUGAUCCAAGAGAGCACCGUGCUUUCCAACUACAGCUCCCAUGGCCCCGAGCACUGGAUGUCAGUAGCUAGAGCUAUGCAGAAGCGAAAAAAGAAGCUGCACUUCAGCACCAUCAGAGUCACUUAA